AUGGGUGCUUGUAUUGGCCAGAAACAGGCCUACGCAGGAGCCAUGAGGAGCACAGUGAGAAGUGGGGGCUCUGCUCAGUUUGUGUGGGGCAUCCUGAUCUGGCUGCUGCUUUUGCAGCUCCAGGCAGUGUGGGGAAAAGUGCUGGAGGAGACAUAUAGAAAAUGGAUGCAGUAUCAAGAGGAUUGCAUGAAGCAAAUAGAAAAUGAACCGUACCCCUCAGGGGUUUUCUGCAACAGGACCUUUGACAGGUACGCCUGCUGGCCCGAUGGCUCCCCUGGGAGUUUGGUCAAUGUGUCCUGUCCUUUCUACUUGCCUUGGUAUGAGAAAGUGUGUCACGGUGUGGUGCGUCGCAGGUGUGGUCUGGAUGGUCAGUGGGUCAGAGAGGACAAUGGGCAGCCCUGGAGGGACAUCUCACAAUGUGAAGAGGAGCAGGAAGUCACGUCUCAGGAGCUGUGGUUCAAGCAGAUGAUGGUGAGCUUCAGAAUGCUCUACACUGUGGGUUACUCCCUGUCCUUCCUAACUCUGGUUUCUGCUCUCAUCAUUCUGCUGGGCCUCAGGAAGCUGCACUGCACCCGCAACUACAUCCACGCCAACCUCUUUGCGUCCUUCAUCCUGAGGGCGGUGUCGGUCAUUGUGAAGGAUGCUCUGCUGGAGCGCCACUGGGGCCGAGAGAUCAUGGAGCAGUCUGACCUGGGAGAGCUGCUCAGCCACCAGGCUGCGAUUGGCUGCAGGAUUGCACAGGUGGUGAUGCAGUAUUGUAUUCUGGCCAAUCAUUACUGGUUCUUUGGGGAAGCAAUCUACCUGUACACAGUGCUCAUCUCCUCCGUUCUCUUGCACAAAAAGAAGUACACAGUGUACAUUUGCCUUGGCUGGGGGACUCCUGUCCUAUUCGUUAUUCCUUGGAUUUUGGCCAAAUUGUUCAAGGAAAACAAAGAGUGUUGGGCCGUCAAUGAGAACAUGAACUACUGGUGGAUAAUCCGAUUCCCUAUUUUGUUUGCUUCAUUGAUCAACCUGGUGAUAUUUAUGAAGAUCCUGAAAGUGAUUCUUUCCAAACUGAGAGCCAACAAUCAGAAAACCUACCCUGACUACAAGCUUCGCCUGGCCAAAGCAACAUUGACCCUGAUUCCUCUGUUUGGAAUCCAUGAGGUUGUUUUUAUCUUUGCCACUGAUGAACAGACCACAGGCAUCCUACGCUACAUCAAGGUUUUCUUCACCCUCUUCCUCAACUCCUUUCAGGGGUUCCUGGUUGCUGUGCUGUACUGCUACUCCAACAAAGAGGUGAAGACAGAACUGCAGAAAAAGCUGCACAGCUGGAGGAUGGAGGUGGGCAGCGUGUGCUGCGGACAGUGA